AUGGUUAUUUCCCGGAAGGUUCGGAAUGCUGUGGAGAAUCAUCAGACGGCCCAGUCCAUCGUCAUGGAGACUAUAGACUACUACGCGUCGAGGGUUCUGUGGUCCCUGUGGGGACUACCGCGCAGAGGCGUCCUCAUUGAAGCACUCAAAGCCAUGAGUGCGAAGAAGACUGUCGACUUGCGUGUUAUGCUGAGGUCGAGUAUGUUCUCUGAUCUAGAAUCAGCCACCCGAUUCUGUCAAUUCUACCGUCGUUAUGAUUUCCUCAAACCCCGGGGAAUAGUCGCUAAUGGAUCGGAUAAAUGGGAAGGCAUCGUCGACGAACUGGACGAGCAAGUCAAUCGUGCAGCAGAUCAUAACAAGCGGAUUGCCAUUCAUCAGGCGAAUGUGGUGGACCGGUUGGACCAGAUAGAGUCGACUUUACAAAAUGCUGUAUCGACACUCGAGGCAGUUCUUGGGGUUAGAUUCACCAAUUUCGUCCCACCUAAGCGGCCAGUGCCGCAAUCUAAUAGUAAGCAUGACCCUCCUUUCCUGUGCGAGUGA